AUGAGAUUCAGCCAUUGUCAAGUUGAUGCUAACAGGAACCACAAAACCUACAGCUUCAACGGGCCGAACCAGAAACCGGUCGACCCGGAAGCCAAGAGGAAAAAGCGGAUCGCGGCCUACAACGUCCUCGCCAUGGAAGGCAAGCUCAAAUCCAGUGUCAGUUCCAGCUUCAGGUGGAUCAAGACCAAGUUCACCGCCGCCGACGACUCUCGCCAUGGUAUUUAA